CCACAGGAUCAACUUCGACAAAUAUCACCCAGGUUACUUUGGGAAAGUUGGUAUGAGGCAUUACCACUUAAAGAGGAACCAGAGCUUCUGCCCCACUGUCAACCUUGACAAAUUGUGGACAUUGGUCAGUGAACAGACCAGGGUAAAUGCUGCCAAAAACAAGACUGGAGUUGCCCCCAUCAUUGACGUUGUGCGAUCGGGUUACUACAAAGUUCUGGGGAAAGGAAAGCUCCCUAAGCAACCUGUCAUCGUGAAGGCCAAAUUUUUCAGCAGAAGAGCUGAGGAGAAGAUAAAGGGUGUUGGGGGCGCCUGUGUCCUGGUGGCUUGAAGGCACCCAAGGAGGUUCAUUAAAUGCUAGAAAGUG